AAUUAUUGGCGAACCACAGGAAACGGAAAAACGUCACUUAGUGUAACACCAGAAGUUUAGUUUCGCACUGACGCUAUUGUUUUAUUUCCGAACGUCUGUUGUGAUUAUGCAUUUCUAAUUGUGUCCUGGUCGGAUUAUCAUUGUCAUUUGGCCAUGGCUAAAGAGAAGCGACACAAGAGAAGGGAAUCUCCCGGACGGGAGCCCGAGGUAAAGAUAAAGCAGGAGAAACUGAGCCCCAGUAGGCCACAGAGAUCACGCCGCUCGAGGUCGAGAUCCAACGGCAAUUCCAGUCCACAGAGGAGAAGACUGAGCAGAUCACCAGCAAGGACAAGAGACCGCUCGCCAGGCAGAAGGGACACAUCUCCAGCAAGACGAAGCAGCAGAUCUCCCAGAAACAGGAGAAGUCGCAGUCCUCAUCGUGGCGGUGAUGUCAAAAUAAAGCGGGAACGCGAUGAGCCCAGGACGAGUGGUGACGAACGGAGGAGGAGGAACGAUCAACCGGAGGAGAGGCGGAGCAGAUGGGAAUCGGACAGGCCUCGGGAUAGAGACCGCGGCGGGGACAGGCAUCGUGACCGAAACGAGGUCGCGUCCCAGCAAGCCGAGCGACGGCAGCAUGAUGAGCGGCGCAGGGAAAACCGUCAGCGGCGGGAGGAAAAUCACGAGGACAACUUUGGGCAGCCUGAAGGCGAGAGCAGUGAAUCCAGCGCUCCUCCUGCUGACAAAGAGAAGCCCAACUUUGAACUGUCUGGGGCACUCACAGAAGACACCAAUACCUUCAGAGGAGUGGUGAUCAAGUACAACGAGCCACCCGAAGCUCGGAUUCCGAAGCGCAGGUGGCGAUUGUACCCUUUUAAGAAUGACGAACCCCUUCCCGUCAUGUACAUCCACAGACAGAGUGCCUAUCUGCUGGGGCGGCAGAGGAAGAUCGCCGACAUCCCCAUCGACCAUCCAUCCUGCUCCAAGCAACACGCAGUGUUCCAGUAUAGACUGGUGGAGUUCACGAGGGCAGAUGGCACCACCGGCCGCAGGGUGCGCCCUUACAUUAUCGACCUUGGUUCUGGCAACGGCACCUACCUGAACAACCAGAGGAUCGAGUCCCAGCGCUACCACGAGCUGAGGGAGAAAGACGUCCUCAAGUUUGGCUUCAGCAGCCGCGAGUACGUCCUGCUGCAUGAGUUCUCAGACACGAGCGAGGUGGACGCCAAGCAGGAAGAGGAAGAAGACGACGAGGGUCUUGACGAAUAACCAUUCCCACAUGUUCUAUUGCCUCAAUUAUUUCAGGUUGUUAGAAGCCUCACGAAUGUUAUACAAAAGGGUUAUUUUUGUAGGGAGCAGAGCAAUAAUCGGAACAGCUGAACGUGGGAUUUAUGAUAAACAGAAGAGGGUUGGUCUUUUGUGUACAUUGUGUAAUUAUCAAUCUUUAGCUUAUACCUGCCACAGCUGUCUCUAAGAAGAUUUCCCAAUCUCAGGUUUGUGUGAGGCAUGAUUGAUCCUACACCUGACAGGGCUGACUUUCCCAAAGUGGACAGUGUUGGAUGAAGAGAGCUUACUCAUUAAAACACAGUCUACAUAUUCUUUUGGCCAAAAAUCACACGCAAAAUUUAGCUCGCCUUUGUCAACGUGAUCUAUGUCGGCACAUUACCUCGAUGUGAAUUCUGGAUUUUUUUUUUCAUUAAAAGUUUAUUGCCACAGCACAAUGUUACAAAUUAUGCAGAUUGUGUUAUUGAGUCUUUUUUCUGCUUUGUAGGUAGAAGAGCUGACGCUGUUGUGUUUGUAUUUGUACCAGCAGCGUGCAUUCAAAGUCGUGCCCAUGUGCUUUAAUCAGUUACCAUGUAUUCAUGGAAAGUUUUCAUUUUUGUACUGUAAAUAAAUACUGAAAGUUUAGA